AUGGCUCGCAGUGAUGGAGCUGUCGUGGCCGGCGGCCGCUUCCGGCCCUGCCUCUUCCGGUCCCGGCGGGCCCCGCGCUGCUCCGCACGGCUGCGGCAUGGCUCUUGUCUCGUCUGUCUCCCCCAGGCUGUCGCCCUGCGCUGCGCCGUGGCCGUGGCCGGAGGGCGCGCGGGCUCGUGGCGGCUGCGCUGCGCGUGUAGCAGCAGCGCCGCCGGCAGCCCGCCGGCCCCGCCUCCCGCGGAGCGCUUCACGCUGGUCUACAGGUUCCCGGGGAUCCGCUUCUGCCGCGCGCUGUCCCGCCUGAAGCUGCUGCAGACCAGCCUGACCGUGCUGGCCCUGCCGCCGCUCGGGCUCCUGUACGCGCAGGGCCAGGCCUCGCUGCUGCAGCUGCAGCUAGCGGGGGGCGCGGCCGCCCUGGCCUUUGCUGUGCUCUACGGCUUCAGCUACUUCCUGCGACGCCUCAUCGGCCUCAUCUACCUCAGUGAGGCGGGCGACGUGGUGCGGGUGGCGCAUCUCACCUUCUGGGGCUGGAGGCAUGAGGUCUACUGUCCCACCACCUCUGUCAUGGUGCUGCGGGACACGGGGGACAGGCAUGAUGAGCUGCUGCUCCAGUUCAAGCGCUAUGAUAGCCCACAGGUGCUGUACUUCACGCUCAGGUUUGGGCAGGUCGUGGACAGGCAGAAGUUCGAAGAGAUAUUUGGGCAAUUCCAGUGACCGUGAGGGCGCCUAGUUUUCCAGCAGUCCCACCUGGACUGUGCUUCUUUUUGGUCCGUCACAGGUGUCGAGUUACAUCAACUUGUGAGCACCUUAGAGCUUGAAAUAGUUGCACCUCUUUCCUACAUUAAAUACUCCUCCUGGCAAACGUGCUUCAGUCUGUGUUUGUGUAGAGGGGGAGGCAGAAAUGCAGCAGCCCUGUGGAAGGAAGCAAAAUCUUUCCCCUUCCCACCUGAAGCCUUUAGGUAACAAAAAAAAGGAGUUUGGCAGUAAAGAGAUCUCAGCUGGAGGCUCAUGCAGGUUACCAUUUUACUUCAGUGUUCAGCUGCACGGACGCAGCUAGUGGCAGGGUUUUUUUUUUGGUUUUCAAAGCUCAGUGCCAACAGUUGCUGGGCCCUUGGAGCAUGGUGAGCAAGCCCUUCCCCUGAUUAAAUAGCAGCUUGUAGCAUAAUACAAAUUAACAUGACUUGUGAGGAGAUGGCAGCUUGUAGUCUCUCUUGUGCUGUUAAUUGAGUAAUGCAAUUUUUGCAUUUACAGAAAAACAUGAUGGCUGGCUUUAGUCCACUCAUAUGACUCCACAGGUGUAAAUACAAGCAAACUGCGUGAGAAAGUUGCUUCAGGUAAUGAAAACGGCAAUUUGUUCCA